AUGCCUCUUGAGAACUUUUUCAAGUUGAAUGUUGAUGGAACUAGGACUUCUCCUUCUGGUAAAAUAGGUGCUGGUGGUGUUAUUAGAAAUCAUUGUGGAGACUGGAUUAUUGGAUUUCAAAUUAAUUAUGGAGUUGGUGAAAUCUUGGAUGUUGAACCCUGGGGUUGUUUUCAUGGUGUAAAGUUGGUUGUUGAUUUGAAUAUCAGAAACUUAGUGAUUGAAUCUGAUUAUGCUGUCUUGGUUCAACUGAUGCUCAAUUCUGCUUUUGAUAUUCAUCCCCUGGGCUCCCUUCAUGGAUGCAAAAAUUUGAUGAACAAGAUGGAUGAUGCUCAGCUUUCUCACAUCUUUCAGCGAGUGCAAUGCCACGACUGA